AUGCUGGAGAGCUUAGCGAAGGAGGCCUUAAUCAUCAGUGUAGGGGACACUGCUCAAGGAAAGACAGACAAGUUUGAUCUCAUGGCCAUGUCUUUCGAGAAGACUCAUUCUGAACUGCUACGUGGGGCUGGAGGCUCAGCAUUGGCAGCAGAGGUACCAGUUCCACGCACCACCGACGCGUGCAUUUUGAGCACGAUGGCCAAAGUGAAAACAGACUAUGAGGCCCUGAAGAGCAUUCUGAUCCAAAUGUACGGCUCCAAGGACUUCUUGAACAGUCAUCUUGGUUUCAUUGCAGCAGAAGCAGCCAGUCCGGUGCUGGUGGAUGCUUUCCUUGCUUUCAAGAGAGGCUGGGAUGAGUUCAGACCCUCAGAUGCCCUUCGAAUGCGGGAUCUGCAAAUCGCCUAUAUCUAUGCAAAUCCCAAUGCCGUCGGCUCGAAGGAUAAUCUGGAUCAUGCCCAAGGAGACGAGUAUUACCACCUUGCACACCAGCGAUACCAUCCCACCUAUCGAGCCAUUUUGUAUGAACGCAACUACUACGACAUUUUCAUCUUCGAUCUACAGGGGAAUUUGAUCUACUCCGUCUACAAAGAAUUGGACUAUGCCACCAACUUCUUGGCCCAUGGAAGUGGUGAAUGGAAGGACAGUGGUUUGGGAGAAGCCUUCCGGGCGGCCGUGAGGAACCCGGACAUCAUCAAUAUCAUCGACUGGAAGCCUUAUGGACCGAGCUCAGGUGCUUUGGCCAGCUUCUUAUCCACCGGCAUCAAGCAGGAUGGCCAGUUGAUCGGGGUCUUUUGCACCCAGAUGCCACCCGAGUCGAAGCCCGUGGAAGUUCGUGAGAUGCAACCCUUCUUGCAGACCGCCAUCAGUGUGAUCGACUCGGCAGUGGCUUCCUAUGCGGCAGGCUAUGGGACCUGCAACAUCGUCCUUGAUGCAAGGUCUUGGGAGAUCAUGAUGGAGGAGACCAAUCAGUUGAGGUGGAGGUUCUUCAAGACGAGCACCGAGUUUGCCCUGUUGACGCAUGGAUUCUCACAGAGUUGGCUCAAUGCAUCAGCGAUGGGCUUGGAAGAACACAAGAAUUACCUGGUGAUUGAGGCCUCCGAGUCUGGUCUGGCUGAUGCUCUGUGGAACUUCAAGCAAGCUUGGGAUGCCUUCAGAGAGACGGACGCCGAAAGACUUCUCAGUCUUCAAAUCGCUUACAUCUUGCUCAACCCCUUCCCCACCGGUGAGAAGGACAAGCUGAACCGUGCAGAUGGGAUUGAAGAGUACCAUGCUGUUCAUGCACAGUACCAUCCAACAUAUAGGGCGAUUCUCUACGAUCACAACUACUACGACAUCUUCUUCUUCGACAUGGGCGGCAACCUCAUCUAUUCCGUCUACAAAGAAUUGGACUAUGCCACCAAUUUCCUUGCAGAUGGACCCGGAGAAUGGAAGGACAGUGGUCUGGGUGAAGCCUUCCGAGCCGCUGUGGCCAACCCGGAUGGCAUCAACGUGGUGGAUUGGAAGCCCUACGGUCCCUCCAACGGCGCCUUAGCCUCCUUCCUCUCCACCGGCGUGCGGCGUGCGGGUCAGGUCAUUGGCGUCUUCUGCACGCAGCUGCCGCCGGAGUUCACGCCCAGGAACUCGUCGUCGCGGCUGCAGGAGACCGUGGAAGAGCUCCAGAACGCCUUGGAAGACUUCAAGUUCGGUGAGAGGAAGAAGUCAUUGAAUCCACCGGCCACGCAAGAGAUUUCCGAUGAACUGUUCCAACUCAGUGACACCUACGAGUCGAUACGAGGCGACCUCCUCGGAGCGCCAUCGAUGGAGAGCUUGAACCGAAUUCUCGGUCGGUCCGAUGACUUUGAUCGCUAUGCGAGCCGACUGAGUGAUGCGGUGCAAGAAAGAGCUUAUCAGCAAGAGCCAUCUUUGCAGGGUGCUAAGAUGCGACUUGCAGCUGAGAACUUGGCAAUCAUGCAGAAGAUUCAACGGAAUCUGGUGCUGAUCUACGUGGGUGGCUUUGAUUCUCUACGCGUGAGGCUGAUCACCAGCAUGACCAGAUUCGAACACAACCAGGCCUUGCUUCGAGAGGGAAAUCUGAAUCGAAGACUUGCCAUGAACGACAUACAACAGACAGGGUCUUUUGAAGGCCUUCAGCUCUUGGAUGCAGUAGACACUGCCUGGACUGCCUUAAAGCCAACAGUCCAAUCCAUCUCUCAGGGUUUGGCUGUAGAUCAAUCAGCCUUGAAGGGCAUUGUUGAGCUCGCAGAUGAUGCCAUUGAAGCGUCGCAAGCCGUGAAUCUCUACUUCUCCACCACGACCCGCACAACCACCAUGCUCGCGCUCGAAGUGCUCACGCCGUUGCCACUGACUGGGAGUUGGGCUGCUGGCACCACCUUCCGCCUUGCUGCACGCCUGGCUGAGGGAAUCAUCAACCAGGACCAACUGCUGCUCCCAGGCUAUCGAUUGCAGCACGUCUUCUUUGAUGACAAGUGCGACGAGAGUGUUGCCUCGGACGUUGUAGUGUCAGCGAUGGCUGCAAAGGACACCUACGUUGCCAUUGGUGGCAUGGGCUGUGACCAGGUCUGUCGGUCCAUUUCAUCCUUGGCGACAUCUUUAAGAUUGCCCUUUGUGAGCUACGAAUGCGCCUCGCCGGACUUCAGUGACACCAUCGCCUAUCCUGCAUUGGCCCGCAUGGGUACGGUGACCACUCCGGGUUUUUUGAACACGGUUCAAGCCUUGAAAGCGCAGAACGAUUGGAAGCAUCUCUUCGUCAUUUCGGGUGACCCCGCCUACUACCAGGUGGAAAUGGAGAGCUAUACCCAGAGCUUUCAAGACAUGGGAUUCAGUGUUCAGACUCUCAGUGCUUAUGAAAACCGUUGGAACGACAUCGAGGGGCGAAUGGCCACGGUGAAAGGCAGUACCAGCGGCAUGGAGCGUGUGAUCUUGGUCCUGGGUUCUGAAACCUUCUUCCGAAAGUUGAUUUGCGCGUCCAUCACCCAAGGACUUCAGUCCGGGAUCGUUUGGCUGUCCACGGGCACCUGGAGAGGUGAGUGGUGGAAGAAGACGGACUUGCUCACAUCAGCACACAGGCAAUGGCUUCGAGAAGAUGUGUUGGGUUUGCAACUGAAGCAAGCUUUUGCAGCCCUCAAGAGUGCCUGGGAUGAUUACUCACCCAGUGUGGAGACCACACGUCAGGCAUUGAUUGACCUCUACGUGACAGACCAGAAAGACGAGCUUCUGUCUGUGGAGGGAACACAGAAGUAUCAUGAGGUUCACGUCCAAUAUCAUCCAACCUACAGGAAGAAGCUCUAUGAUCGUGGGUACUACGACAUUUUCUUCUUCAAUUUGGAGGGCGAUUUGAUCUACUCGGUCUUUAAGGAGACUGAUUAUGGCACGAACUUCAAGGCCAGUGGCUCAGGACCGUGGAAGGAUUCAGGUUUGGGGCAAGCCUUUCGAGGAGCCUUGCAGGAUCCUGACAACCUUACUUAUAUCGAUUGGCAGCCCUAUGGCCCUAGUGCAAAUGCUCCUGCUGCCUUCUUCUCAACUGGUUUGAGGGAUGAGGAUGGCGUGCUCGUGGGUAUUUACUCCAUCCAGUUGCCACCUGAGUACGAGCGCUCCAUCGAAGAUCUUCAGCCCUCAUGCAGCUUUGAGAAGAUCACGGAAGCCUAUCAGGGUGCAGUGAAUGUGGCGGGUUUUGGCCGUCCCAUCGAGGAAAACAUUGAGAAGCCUUUGCCAUGCUUCAAAGGCUACAGUCCCCGGAGCUUUCUAUCCUUGCUGGCCCUACGCUUCGACACUGGCUACCCUGUAGGAGAACUGAGCACGCGAGUUGAGGACCCCUACGUGGAUGUGAAGGCUCAUGCCGUCGAUGCCACCUGCGCCUUCGCCUUUGGCAUCCAAUACCUCCUUCGACAGGGCCACAGCGUGGAGCAGAUUCAGAGGAGAGAUCCAGAGGUCUACAGGAAGUUUUCCGAGUACCUCCGAACGGAAUUGGACUUCGAGGGGACUUCUGGGCAAGUGAAGUUCGAAGGCAAUGACCGGAAGAACUUGCAAGUGGUGCAGCAAGUGGUCAACGGUGUCAUUCUGGACAUGGGCCUGAUUAGUGAGAAUGGCACUAGCAUCACGUGGAUUAGCAAUGGCACUACAAAUCUAUAUUGGCAAGAUGAGCCUGCUGAGGCCUUGGAACUCAUGUGGAUCCUUCACCCGCUCGCCAUGAUCUUCGCUAUUGGCUGCCCGUGUCAUCCUGGCUGCCUCAGCCCAGAACUUCAGGAGCUUUCGGAGGCCCAUUUUUGCCGGCUCCCCGCCAGCACGCAGCAGGCCGUACAAAGCCCAAGAACUUGGACGGUCUAUGCCUGGGACCUGGACAGCCUCACCAGCGGCCUGGACGAAAUCCGUCCUGGUGCGGCCAGCACACCACCUACACUUGGACUCGAGGAUGACCCACGUCCGGCUCCGGAUGCUUUGGCCUUUGUCCGACUUCCAAAGGAGCUGAAAGAAGCUUUAAAGGUCUUGGGUCGGCCUGGUGCCCUUUGGCCUGAGCAGCUCUGCAAGGAACUGCGCAAGCAAGCCAUGAAGCGCUGUGGCCCCGAGGAGGCCGCGCUUCUUCAGAAGUUACAAAGGUGUGUACAGCUGGCCACGGAGUACACCUUGAAGAGGGGAUUCUAUGAGGUGGAAGGAGAGAUGCCAGGGUACCAAAAGGUCUACAUGGAAGACGUCCUGUCGCCGUCCUUGAAGGUGCGCUGGUUUGGCCCAGGCAAUACACAACUUCCGGAGACGAAGGUGGACAUCGGCAAGGCCCUGCCUCCACCACUCAUUGUCUCUGAUGCGUCCUGCCUGGACGUGGUGGAGCGCUUGCGAAGCUUGGAGAGCGAGAACACGCCUGGGCGUGCCUCGCGGGAGAUCUUCGUCGUGACCGAGCUUUUCGACUUCGACCCUGAAGGCGCGGCUCGCUUGGGCGUGGCAUCCCAGCGGCCCCACUGCAUGACGCUCCGGACGGAUCUGCGGCGGUUCCUGCAACACGCGGCAUCGCACAUGAAACGGAAGCGACUCACGCUGCAAAAGGUGCUUUGCGACCACAAGACGCCGCAGAUCUUCUUGGCUGCUGAUGUCGCCUGCCUUCGAGGAUCCCAAGGUGAUGGAUAUCCCUUUCUGAAGAGGCCAUUCCAACAUCAUGUUUUGGGUAUGGCACUUUGGACUGCGCGGCCUCGCCUGCAAACUGCGCGAGACUCAAACGGGGAGCGCACGACCAUGUACACGGACUCGGAUGAUGCCAAAGCCUACGAAGUCCGCUUGGAGCUUUGUGCCCAUGCAGCGCUUCUGGCGGCAGGUGGUGUGGACCUGCCCAAAGAAGAGAAGCCUAUUUUGGUGCUUCCGGUCGUGGGACUUGGAGGAAGCUCCUUUCAUCCGCAGGAUUCUAUUGUUCUGUCGCUGAAGAGAUUUCGUCGGCGAUUUACGCAGUUCUUCCAUUCGGUUUAUGUGUGUUGUGGAGACCGUGGUCCCAACUACUCCCUCUCUGAUUUCAUUGAAUCGGCGGUGAAUCGCAGCGUGUACAUGAUGGCCCAGAACGAUUCUUUGGCCGCCAAAGCAUUGCCUUGGCAUUGGGAUCAGAGGGAGCUGCAGAUGAGCAUCGCGGCUGCCCGGCUCGAGAAGAUCGGCCACCACAUGAGGCAAGGUCCAACCUAUGUUGUGAAGAUCAAGGAUGACCGGCGCAGCGCCGAACGGAAGAAGCUCACGGAGAAGGUCGAAGUCCACCAUGGCUUCGGGACCUUGCGAGCCUAUCAACAUCGGAAGCAGCUGCAGGCGGCUGAGGAGCUCAUUAAGGCACAACGCCGUCAGGGUGACUGGCCAGCUGAUCACGUGCAUGUGAAGCUGGGAGGCCUGCGCGACAACACGGAGCUGGCGCCCGAGUUCGAGAACACCAAUCUGGCGGAACUGCGCCGGAAGAGCCUCGAGCUGAAGAUGUCCAUGACGAAGAUCGAUUCGGAGAUAGGCCCAGGAGGCGGCAGCUCUCCGAAGUCACCAUUGGCUAAAGACUUGGGACAUUUGCAGGACUUGAUGCUCUCUGUGCGGCAGAGUUCCAAGACACGGAGCUUCCGUGGCUGGCUGGAAAAAGCAGAUCAGGUGACCCAACAAUUGGGCACUGGCGGGCAAGUUCUCCUUCACGCCAAAAGGCGUAGCAGGAAGAGUUCGGUCACAGUAGAGGCCGUCGUUGCUAGUGAGGACGUUCAGUUAGACCGGGUAGGAUGA